UUAGGCUGAACCGCAGGUGGAGACGGAUGCAAGCGGGGGAGCGGCGCUGCCGCUUCUCCCUUGCUCUUCCCUCCCCCCCAUGGAGCAGCUCAGAUCCGUGUUCAUCAGGUCCCCCUCCUCUGCCGCAGCCGGCUGCUGCUCCUCCUCCUCCUCCUCUACAGCGGCGGGGAAGGAAGAGGUUGAGGAUAGGGAUAGGGCGGCGCAGGAAGCCUGGCAACAGCAGGAGCUGGACGAAGAAGAAGAGGAGGAGGAGGAGGAGCAGCAGCAACCCACUGCUAACCUUUACUGGACGGCCGUCUUCGACUAUGAGGCGAGCGCCGAGGACGAACUCAGCCUGCGCAAGGGGGAAGUGGUGGAGGUGCUCUCCAAGGAUUCCAAGGUUUCUGGAGAUGAAGGCUGGUGGACGGGUAAAAUCAAUGACCAGGUUGGCAUCUUUCCCAGCAACUAUGUCACCAGUGCCCCAUGUUACAGCAAGUUGCAAGAUCGAAGUACAGAUGUUUACCCUCAUCUCCUGGAAACAGACUUCAAUGAGCUGCAGCUGGAGGAGAUUAUUGGCAUUGGUGGCUUUGGCAAAGUUUACAGAGGCAUCUGGAGAUUGGAGGAGGUCGCUGUUAAAGCAGCUCGACAGGAUCCAGAUGAGGAUAUCAGCCAGACCAUUGAGAAUGUUAAGCAGGAAGCAAAACUGUUUGCGAUGUUGAAGCAUCCCAACAUCAUAGCCUUGCAAGGUGUUUGUCUGAAGGAGCCCAAUCUUUGUUUGAUCAUGGAGUUUGCCCGCGGGGGCCCCUUAAAUCGAGUGUUGUCGGGCAAGAAGAUCCCUCCUCAUAUACUUGUCAACUGGGCAGUUCAGAUUGCAAGGGGCAUGAAUUACUUACAUGAAGAAGCAAUUGUUUCUAUUAUCCAUCGUGACCUCAAGUCCAGUAACAUCUUGAUACGCGAGAAGGUGGAGAAUGAUGGGCUGAGUAACAAAACCCUGAAGAUCACGGACUUUGGCCUGGCGCGUGAGUGGCACAAGACAACCAAAAUGAGCGCGGCGGGCACCUAUGCCUGGAUGGCCCCAGAGGUCAUCCGGUCUUCCAUGUUCUCCAAAGGAAGCGAUGUCUGGAGUUAUGGUGUGUUGUUGUGGGAACUGCUGACAGGAGAAGUUCCAUUCAGAGGGAUCGAUGGACUGGCUGUGGCUUAUGGUGUGGCUAUGAACAAACUAGCCCUUCCCAUUCCCUCCACCUGUCCAGAACUUUUCAGCAAACUCAUGGAAGAUUGCUGGAAUGCCAAUCCUCACUCUCGCCCAUCGUUUACCUGCAUCUUGGAAAAGCUAACUGCCAUUGAAGAAUCUGGCUAUUUUGAAAUGCCUCAAGAUUCAUUCCACUCCCUGCAGGAAGAAUGGAAACUGGAGAUCCAGGAAAUGUUUGAUGAACUUCGGGAAAAGGAGAAGGAACUGCGGAGCUGGGAGGAAGAGCUGUCCCGGGCAGCCUUGCAGCAGAAAAACCAGGAGGAGCUGCUGCGGCGUCGGGAACAGGAGCUGGCCGAGCGAGAGAUUGACAUUCUGGAGCGGGAGCUCAAUAUCAUCUUCCACCAGCUGCACCAGGAGAAACCCAAGGUGAAGAAGCGGAAGGGCAACUUCAAAAAGAGCAGGCUCAAACUCAAGGAUGGCAACCGGAUCAGCCUUCCCUCUGAUUUCCAGCAUAAAAUCACAGUGCAGGCUUCUCCCACUGUGGAUAAGAGGAAGAGUCUGAUCAACAGCAGCUUGAGCCCUCCCGCAAGCCCCACCAUCAUCCCACGACUCAGGGCAUUUCAGCUAACACCAGGUGAAAGCAAUAAGACCUGGGGCCGCAGUUCAAUGUUUCAGCGAGAAGAGUGUGAUGAAGAAGAGAAAAAGGGGCAUAAAAAGAAAGGUCGGACCUGGGGCCCCAGCUCUUUGUACCAGAAGGACCUUGGUGGUGUGGAAGAGAGCCUUAAGCACGUGGUCAAUGGAGGCAAAGAGUGGCCAUCCGGUGCUCCCAACCUGGGGAAAAAUCAUCGGACUGCUGCUAUUGUGCCAGGGUUUACCAGCCUCAUUGAAAUAGAACAUGAAGAUGGGAAUGCUGUGAAGGAUUCUGACCCUAGAUUGCAACAGUCUGCUUUUCCUAACCAGUCCUACCUCGCUUUACCUUUCUACUGUAAUGAUGAAGGUGAGGGUGGUGUUAGUGACAAUAAUGAGGAACCAACCCCAGUGAACUCUGCCACCAGCACCCCCCAGCACACCCCCACUAACAGCUUCAAACGUAGCUCACAAAGGAAGAAGUGCGACCUGGUCCUCCUGGGUUGUGGUGCUGUCUUGGCAGCAGUGGCCUUGGGAUUUGAUUUGCUGGAGCUGGGAAAAUGCCAGGUUUUACAAGAAGUCGUCGAACCCAAGGAAGAGAAGAAAAAGAAGGAGGGCAUUUUUCAGCGCACCAGCCGAUUGCGAAGGAGUAUCAGCCCUCCUUCUCGGAAUAUCUUCAAGAACGAAGAAUUCGUCAUUCCCUCCUUCGAUCCAUCUUCCUCAUUGACGCUGCUCUCAUUGUCUUCCAUUUCUGAAUGCAACUCCACGAGGUCUUUGCUACGUUCAGACAGUGAUGAGAUGGUGGUGUAUGAAAUGCCCACAACGCCAAGUUCAAUGGACGAGGGCUCCGUCUUUAUUACUAAUCAUCCUUUAGUAGACAUAACCAUCGAACGCUUCAAACGGGACCCUAAACAAUCAUUGACCCCAACUCACGUGACAACAAACAGCACCACCACACACCGGGGUCACAGAAGAACUCCUUCUGAUGGGGCCAUUAAACAGAUUCCCCAGACUCUGAACUCCACACCAUCCAAUGGUACCUCAGGCUCCGUUGCCACAGGUAUAGGUAAAACCCCAAGCCCCAACAGGGAUCCAACAGAAGUUCCUCGUCUGCCUGACCCCAACCUGGUCUUUCCUCCCACUCCGAGACGGAGGAGCAUGAAGCAAGACUUCACUCUCGAAAGGCCCAAGACGCUGGAAUUUGUACCAAGGCCGCGUCCGUCUGCUAACCGCCAACGGUUAGAUCCAUGGUGGAUUGUUUCACCCACUAAAACACACAGCAACUCCCCCAUUAAUAGCUCAAGUACUGACACGCCAUCCAAUCUGGACUCUUGCCUCAGCAGCAGUGGAACCGUGGAGGAAAGACCAGGGCUCCCUCUCUUUCUGCCUUACAGGCAAGGGCUUGCUGGCUGUGAGCGGACAUUGUUAGACACAGAUGUGGAAGGUCAGAGUCAGGAUGGAACGCUUCCUCUCUGCAGAGCAGAAAUGAACCCACGCAAGAUGGCGACCUAUGAUCAGGAGCACAAUUUCUGGUCAUAGCAGCAUGUAUAAUUUCACAGGAAUCUGUGAAAGGAAUUUGCACUGGGAAUGCACUUUUACAUAAGGACUGGUUUGAACUGAAUGCCAUUUAAUAUCGCCCAAGGAACUUGACGAACUUCAAACUUGGAAUCAAUAUCCAUAAAUUCAUUCGCUCAACAAAAAAAAGCUGUUCGAUUCUAUUCAAUGGAGUUCCAUUCAUCUUGCUCCAAAAUCUCGUCUUUUACUGUACGUAAUUGAAACCUUUUUAUGUAUUGCCAUUCUUGUUGACUUUGACAUUGUUUAGAAUCAUGUCACAGCAAGUUGAGGCAGAGUUCAAGUUGCAUCCAUUCGUACAAAAAAAAAUUGUCUGUAUUCCCCUGUGUUGUAACCUAUUUAAACAAGUUUCAAGGUAAGCACGUUGGCAGAGUCGAAAAGCAUGACCAAUUCAGAUUUAUGCAUAUCCCAAUAGCCUGAAUCCCAGAUAAACUUAUGCCUGAAGUCCUACAAUCUUGGUACCAUUUUGUUUUUUUCCCUCUUGAAGAAGGGUGGCAGAAGCAGCAACUUAGGAAAAGGUUGGGGCUGAGAAGGAAGCCGUCAGAGAAAUCUAUUAUUCCACUUGAGACCAAUGCUUAUUUUUAAAACCCACUUUUCAGUCUAAUGAAAGUUGAGAAGCUCAGUGAAUGGACACUACUGCUUCUGAGGUGAAUGUACAAAGCUUCUUAUCACUUUCGUGAGUGUCACAAAGAUCCCACUACAGCAGGACAACACCAAAUAUUUGUAUUGUGUGUUUUCUCCAUCCUGCUUUCAGUCAGCUUUUCUCAGUCUGUGCUACAGACCAUCUCAUCUUUCUUGAUGGUUUCCCUGUAUAAACUGUGGUCGCUUUUCACAAGUUUCUGAUGUGGUUAUGAGUGGGGAACUUGAAUAAACAUAUCUGCCAUUAGAUCAAACUUGGGUUGCCUCACCUAAAGUGAUUUUGAUUUUUUUGUUUUUAACAAAAAAUUCUCUUUGAGGACGUCAGCUAUUGAGGAAAGCUUCAACACCAAUAGCCUGAGAGUUAACAAUCAUCCUCACAGCUGCUCAGUCAAUAAUAGUAUAUUAUUGUACUUGCUAAAUCUAUCAGGAUCUAAUAUUCUGGAGUUCAUCUCAAGGCCCUGUAUAUGUGACUACUAGUAUUUAAUGCUUUUUAUUGGGAGUAUAUAUUGUACCAAGUCUUUGAGAGUCAAAGAUUACUGUAUUAUAAUAAUGCACAAGGGGAAAUUGCAAUGGAAUGUACCAUUAUUUCUGAGGGGUGGUGGAAUCCCCUUUUGUUGAGCUGGGGUACAGGGUCUGUACAGUAUUUGGAAAUGGCAGGAGCCUAU